AUGUCAGAGGCUCCGAAACAAACUAAGAAACCCGUAGACGAUGGAAACUUUGAUAAGGAGGUCAUUUCCAAGUGGCCCGAUCUCGAGCUGGCGCAGACCAGAUUCAUGAUCAAUCACCCAGAAGUCAAUGCCAACGUUAAAGAAGCAAAGCUCACGAAACUCCAAGAGGCCAUCAAAGAGAACGAUAUGGCUCCAUUCUAUGAGCUCGUCUGCGCGGAAUUCAAAAUCGCUGCCGACGCAACUCAGUUGUCUGCAAUGAAAGCAGCUAACGCGAAACGCAUCGCCGAGAUCACCGCAGAAGUCGAGGAUGCUGAGAAGAACCUCGGUGAAUCGGAAGUGCGUCAGGGACUACUCCGCAAAUUCGAGUAUUACUGCCAAAUUGGAGACAAGGAGAACGCACAAAAAGCGUACACAGCAACUUAUGAGAAGACUGUCGGUAUGGGAUACCGCAUUGAUUUGGUGUUCGCUAUGAUUCGUGUCGGACUUUUCUUCCUCGAUCAUCAUCUCAUCAACAAGUACAUCACAAAGGCCAAGGAUCUUAUGGAGCAAGGUGGAGAUUGGGAACGCAAGAAUCGUCUGCGGUCAUACGAAGCUCUCUACCGCAUGUCUGUCCGUGACUUCGCAGGUGCCGCUGACCUGUUCCUCGAAGCUGUGCCAACUUUCGGAUCUUACGAACUGAUGACAUACGAAAAUCUUAUUCUGUACACUGUGAUCACAACUACGUUCGCAUUGGAUCGACCAGACUUGCGCACCAAAGUCAUCCGCUGCAACGAGGUCCAAGAGCAACUGACGGGAGGAGGACUCAAUGGAACACUGAUACCAGUGAGAGAGUACCUCGAGUCAUACUACGAGUGCCAUUAUGACAGAUUCUUCAUUCAGUUGGCUGCUCUGGAGAGCGAACGAUUCAAGUUUGACCGUUACCUGUCGCCACACUUCAACUACUACUCUCGUGGAAUGCGUCAGCGUGCCUACGAGCAAUUCCUUACACCUUACAAAACCGUCCGCAUCGACAUGAUGGCCAAAGACUUCGGAGUGUCUCGCGCGUUCAUCGACCGUGAAUUGCACCGUUUGAUUGCUACCGGCCAGCUGCAAUGCCGGAUUGAUGCUGUGAAUGGAGUGAUUGAAGUCAAUCACCGUGACUCGAAGAACCAUUUGUAUAAGGCUGUCAUUAAAGACGGUGACAUUCUCCUUAAUCGUAUUCAAAAACUCGCCAGAGUCAUCAACGCCUAG